CAAACGAACCACCAACUUCCCUUGUCUUCCACACAACCCAACACUCAAAAUCAACCAAUCUCCGAAAACCCGACCACACAUCUCCUAAACUUGUACUUUUACAUGUCAGAGAGGAGUCUCCGGCGACGAUCUCAGGCGACGAGUGGUGGACGGAGGACCCGCCUCUCGAGCCCUUCACCGUCCCCGCACCGGAAAACUCCACAAACUAAGCGAUCGCCCGUUAAGCGACGUUCCAAGCCUAUAAAGAUUCUCAAGCGAUGCUCCUCCGAGCCGCUGCUCCGGAGUCCUGUAAGCGAUUUCGGGGAGGAGGUGGUGGCGCCGCAUGUUGGCCGGGAACUGAGGUCGGAGCCGGAGGGAGUUCUCUUCCGGCCUCAAACUUGUGUCGACGUGUUUGCUUCGUCUCCGACGUUGAUGAUGCCGUUCUCUCCCAAUAAUCACGAGGCAUACAAGAAAGAUGCAAAGGUGGUGUUGAAUGUUUCUGUUGAAGGAAGUCCAGGACCAGUAAGGGCCAUGGUGAAGUUGGGAUCUACAGUGGAAGAGACGAUCAAGCUUGUUAUAGACAAAUAUAGUAAAGAAGGGAGGACUCCGAAGCUUCUCAAGGAUGACGCAUCGUCCUUUGAGUUACACCACUCCUACUUCAGCCUUCAAAGUUUGGAUAAAUCAGACUUGAUAGGGGAUGUUGGUAGCAGAAGCUUCUAUCUUCGAAAAAGCAGCAUUAAAAAUGAUGGAGGAUCAACUGCUUCUUUGGAAGUCAAUCUUGUGAGAGCGAACUCUCCUCCACCUCCUGCGUGUCCUGGAUUACUACUUCCCAAUUUUAUUGCUCGUAGACUUAGUAAAUGUGUUAGAAGAACUCAUAGACUCUGGAAGGUAAUUCUCUGUAUGUGGUGAAGAGAAGAUUAUGUACAAAGAAAGGACCAUAGAUACAGACUUCAGAGUGACACAAAAUGUUAUUCCUGUUACUCUACAACAAGCCUCUCUAUUGUGGAUGUCCAACGGACCGCGAUUGUGAUUAUCAACUUCCUCUUCUACCUUUAGAAAGAAUUUGAUUUAUGCAAAUUCUGUAAAUAUAACCUUAUUGGAAGAUCAUUUGUAUCGUUACCAAAAUUAAAAUAGAAAUCACAAUUUUUCUUA